AUGGGAAGAAAUUUCUUAUUAUUUUGGACGAUGUUUGGAAUGAGGAUUACCAGAAGUGGAUUCUUUGUCGCGCUCCACUUGAAAGAGGAGCUCUAG